GCAUGUCGGAUGGCGGCCCUGGGCGGGAGCCCCUCGUCGGGUCGGGCGGUGAUAAGCUGAGCGGCUCGCGUUCCCCGCCCGCCUUUUUCAGCUCCAAAUUCGAUCCGACGGAUUCAUGGAUUCGUUGAGACCAACCGCGUGAAGUCCGGAGCAAAUAGAAGGUUUGAGGUGGUACGACUGGAUAUACGGCUACACUGGAAGGAAUGAUUGCCGCGGAGAUGGAUAUCGGCACAUUUGAAUCGUUGAACACUGGAUUGAGAGCAACCACAAGUUCCCCGCCCACGCCAUGACGUCGACCCCGCUCAAGACUCGCCGAGCGACUGCUAUCGACCUUCCGAUCACACCUUUCUCUUCUCUUCCCUCCUCCUCUUCUGUUUUGGUUACUAUCCCUCAUUGAACAAUUGCGAGGAAGCCCGAAAUAGACACCAAGAUGCCCACCGUCACCGUCCACAAUCACGAAAUCCACUAUGCCGACUCCCACCCGGACGGCGCCCCGACCAAUGGUUUGACUUUCAUCUUCAUCCACGGACUAGGCUCCUCGCAGAACUACUACUUCCCCAUCCUCCCAUUCCUUUCGAACCACCGUUGCAUCACACUGGACACCUACGGCUCCGCCCGCUCAACGUACACCGGCCAGUCCGUUUCCAUCGAAUCCAUUGCCGCAGAUGUGGUCGGCGUGCUGGACGCGCUGCACGUUCCGCAGGCCGUGGUCGUUGGACACUCCAUGGGCGGACUGGUGGUCACCCUUCUGGGCGCACAGUACGCAGACCGGGUGAAGGCCAUAGUCGCCAUCGGCCCUACCCAUCCGUCGGAGAAGCUGGCCUCGGUCAUGACCCAGCGCAGCGAGACUGUCUUGAAGUCGGGCAUGGAGCCCAUGGCAAACACCAUUCCUGGCGGCGCCACCGGCACGCGCUGCUCGCCUCUCGCCAAAGCCAUGAUCCGUGAAUUGGUCCUCGGACAGAACCCCAAGGGCUACGCGGCUCUCUGCCAGGCGAUUGCCACAGCUCCGACCACCGACUACUCGGCUAUCCGGGCGCCGUUCUUGUUGAUUGCCGGCGAGGAGGACAAGUCUGCAUCGCUGGAGGGCUGCCAGCAUAUUUUUGAUAAUGUGUCGAGUGCGAACAAGAAGCUGGAGGUCUUGUCGCAGAUUGGACAUUGGCACUGCGUGGAGGCUCCGGAGGAGGUGGGCAAGCUUAUCAGUGAGUUUGCGAGUAGAUUGUAAGCAGCAUGUAAAUAGAGACCGGUAAUUGGGUAUUCUAUAAGGGGAUGAUACUUGGACAAGUUCGAAUGACUUGGAGAAUACACAGUACAAUAUGAAUAAUGAGAACGC